AUGUUUUUCUACCCGUAUAUCAGAUAUCCAGAUAUUAGACCAAAUUUUGCAGUUUAGCAAGCCCAAAGGCAAACAGUCAUCGCUUUUGUGACGUGCUCACCUUGAAUUCAUCAGCAGGCAGCAAGAUAUUGACCCUGCACAUAGACACUCACGGGCACAGAAAUAAGCACGGCGACAACUGCAAUUGGGUGAACAAAUGACCACCGCCGCCUCCACAUCGCAGCAUGCGACAUCGUCCUCCACAUUGAUGGCGGGCUCCGGAUCCCUGGCCACCUCGUCAUCCACCUCCGCCGCCACCACGACCACGCCCAGCAGCUCGGCGGUGCGUGCCCUGGCCAUGGAGUACAAGUCUCUGCAGGAGGAACCAGUCGAGGGAUUCCGCGUCAAGCUGAUCAACGACGACAAUCUGUUCGAAUGGGAGGUGGCCAUCUUCGGGCCCCCGGAUACCCUGUACCAGGGCGGCUACUUCAAGGCGCACAUGAAGUUCCCGCACGACUAUCCCUACUCACCGCCAUCCAUACGCUUCCUGACCAAGGUCUGGCAUCCGAAUGUCUACGAGAACGGGGAUCUGUGCAUAUCCAUUCUCCAUCCGCCGGUGGAUGAUCCGCAGAGCGGCGAGCUGCCCUGCGAACGCUGGAAUCCCACGCAGAACGUGCGCACCAUCCUGCUGUCGGUGAUCUCGCUGCUCAACGAGCCCAACACAUUCUCGCCGGCCAACGUAGACGCCUCGGUCAUGUACCGUCGAUGGCGGGACUCACAGGGUAAGGACAAUGAGUACCCCAAUAUCAUACGCAAACAGGCCCUGGCCGCCAAUGCCGAGGCCAAGCGGGAGGGCAUUGUGGUGCCCAUGACCCUGGAGGACUAUUGCCUAAAGCCCACGCGCAAGCCCACAACGGAAUCGGGCCUGGAUGCCAACUUUUACGAUGAUGAUUUCGAUCUGGAGACGGAGGAUGAUCUGCCGACAGACGAUGAUUUCGAUGAGGACGACGACGAUGAUGAGGAUGAAGACGAGGAUGAGGAGGACAGUGCCACGGCGUCGAUUAGCAAAAAUAAUGGCGCCAGCAGCAAGUGCAAGAACAACGGGCUGGGCAGGGAGGCGGCCGCAGCCGGAGCGGAUGAUGCCGAAUCCGCCGACGACAGCGGCAAGGGCGAGACCACAUAAUGCAGCCAGACUAGAGUCGCGUCAUCUUUUCCUCCCACGCCUGCCCUAAGCGGCGAGCCACCGCCUUUUCAUUUCUCCAACAUUAUUACUAUGAUUAAUGCUAAUUAUAAACGUUUCAAAACUAAA